UAAUUCGGACUGGAAUGCACUUGGAUUAUAUGCCCUCUAGUGGCAAGCCUUGGCAUGGCAUCUUUUGCUCAGCACUUUUCCCUGAACUCAAAUGAACUGAAAUGUGCUUGUCUGAAAUAUGGAUUUCAUGAUGCAAUGACGUGCUUCUGGCCAUAAAACCAUAGAACUGAAUAGCACCAACAUUACUGAUAACCCCUGAAGCGAUAACUGAUACUUUUACAACUGACGUAUGCUUUAUGGACAAGUCAAAUCAGACUGCCAUUUAAAGCAACUUCGCAGAGUCCUCUGCCCCACACAUUUCUACAAUGGGCUUGCUUCAGCUUCUCCUCCUGACAGCACUGGUUGCAGUGUGUAAUUCAUAUGCUAUUCCCCUCUCGUUCCGAUUGAAUGAAGUGAAUGGAGAUGAGAUUAAUGAUAACCCGUACCUGAACUUGGGUGCAAAGACUCGAUUGAUUGAGGGGGAUAUGGCCUUACCUCCAGGACGCAAUGCUCUUGCUGACACUGCAUACAGAUGGAAAUUCCCCAUUCCUUACAUUCUGGCUGAUAGCCUUGAUUUGAAUGCCAAAGGAGCCAUCUUCCAAGCAUUUGAAAUGUACCGCUUGAAAUCUUGCGUCGAUUUCAAGCCCUACAACGGAGAAAAGACGUAUAUCAAGUUCGAAAAAUUAGAUGGGUGCUGGUCCAUGGUGGGUGACCAGCAGACAGGGCAGAGGCUGUCCCUGGGGUCUGGAUGUGACCACAAGGCUGUGAUCGAGCACGAGCUGCUACACGCUCUGGGCUUUUACCACGAGCAGUCGCGCACCGACCGCGAUGACUACGUGGACAUCUGGCUCGACCAGGUCAUUCCAGGCAUGGAGCACAAUUUUAAUAAGUAUGACGACUCCUACAUUACUGACCAAAACACUCCCUAUGAUUAUGAAUCUAUUAUGCAUUACCGUCCGUACUCCUUCAACAAGAACGACAGCAUUCCCACCAUCACCACGAAGAUCAAAGUGUUCAACAACAUCAUUGGCCAGUAUUUGGAUUUUAGCGCCCUUGAUGUGCUCAGGCUAAACAGGAUGUAUAAUUGCUCGUCUCCUCUCACACUAUUGGACCAGUGUGCCUUUGAGUACAUCAACAUCUGCGGGAUGAUCCAGGGCUCCAGCGAUGACGCAGACUGGGUUCACACCUUGAGCACGCCUGGAUCCCAGGACCACACCCUGAUCGGACGCUGCAGGGAUGCAGGGUUCUUCAUGCAUUUCGACACUGGAACGGGAGCGGUGAACGAGGCGGCCGUGCUGGAGUCCCGGGUCCUGUACCCCCGGAGGGAGCUGCAGUGUCUGCAGUUCUUCUACAAAAUGACCGGCAGCACCAAGGACAGGCUGGUGAUCUGGGUGAAGAUGGACGACGGGACCGGGACAGUCCGAAGGCUGAAGAAGGUCCACACGUUUUGGGCGGAUGAAGACCGAGAUUGGAAAAUCGCCCACGUGCCCCUGGAGGUGGGCACCAAGUUCCGCUACUCCUUCCAGGGCGUGCGGGGGGACCCGGCCCAAUCCAGCGGCGGGAUAUUCGUGGACGACAUCAGCCUGACAGAGACCCGCUGCCCCGCCGCCGUGUGGCAGAUCCGCAACUUCUCCACCGUGCUGCAGAACUCGGACCUGAACACCGUCCUCCAGAGCCCCAGGUUCUACAGCCCCGAGGGCUAUGGCUUCGGGGUGACCCUCAGGCCGCGGUCCAGCUACACCGACUACACGGGCGGCUACACCGGGCUCUACUUCCACCUGGCCAGCGGGGAGAACGACGGCAUCCUCCAGUGGCCUGCAGUGAACAGGCAGGCCACCCUCACCGUCAUGGACCAGGACCCCGACAUUCGGCUCAGGAUGUCCACCGCCCGCAGCCUCACCACUGACAGGAUGACCGACUCUAAUGGCGGGCUGUACUGGGACAACCCUGCGAUAACAGGAACCUUUGAUAAAGAUUGCCAGUGUUUCAGGGGGGGCUCCUGGGGCUGGAGCAACUUCGUGAAGCACUUUGACCUGCGCAGGCGGAAUUACAUGAAAAACGAUGACCUCAUUAUAUUCAUUGACUUUGAAGAUCUAACACCCCUGAUCAAAACAGAAGUUCCUGUCAGGUCACAGGAGUGAGUCCAUUGAUGAGUUUCACAGAGUGGGAAAAAAGGAGGAUUCUGGGCUACUACUGAGAAAUGUUCAACAGGAUAUUUGUGUCUUGAGAUGGAAUUAAACCCCUGCACUUCACGAAAGAGGAAUUCAGCAGCAAAUUCAAAUUCUCUGAACUCUUUUGCAUAUUGCCUGUUGUCACCAAAGUCUCGAUACUUAAUAUUGAAUAUAAUUGGUACUGCUAUACCUUUUGUAUUUUUCUUAACUGUAUUGCCUUCUGCCGUUUGAGGCACGAGACCUUCUAAAAGCCAGAUGAAUGGCAGACAUCUGUGGCGUAAUCUGUGAUUAUGGCUGAGACA